CCGCCGCUGCCCCAUACUCCGGGCAUGGAGGGUGCGGGCGUCGUGAUCGCAGUGGGUGAAGGAGUCACAGACCGCAAGGCAGGAGACCGGGUGAUGGUGUUGAACCGGUCAGGAAUGUGGCAGGAGGAGGUUACUGUGCCCUCAGCACACACCUUCCUGAUGCCUGAGGCCAUGACCUUUGAGGAAGCUGCUGCCUUGCUGGUCAAUUACAUCACAGCCUACAUGGUCCUCUUUGACUUUGGCAACCUACGUCCUGGCCAAAGCGUCUUGGUACACAUGGCUGCAGGGGGUGUGGGCAUGGCAGCCGUGCAGCUGUGCCGUACAGUGGAGAAUGUGACAGUGUUUGGAACAGCCUCAGCCAGCAAGCAUGAGGUGCUGAAGGAGAAUGGGGUCACACAUCCCAUAGACUACCACACGACUGACUAUGUGGAUGAAAUCAAGAAGAUCUCCCCAAAAGGAGUGGAUAUUGUCAUGGACCCUCUGGGCGGAUCAGAUACUACAAAGGGCUACAACCUCCUCAAGCCCAUGGGCAAAGUCGUCACCUAUGGAAUGGCCAACCUGCUCACGGGUCCCAAGCGGAACCUGAUGGCCCUGGCCCGCACGUGGUGGAAUCAGUUCAGUGUGACGGCUCUGCAGCUGCUGCAGGCCAACCGGGCUGUGUGUGGCUACCACUUGGGCUACCUGGAUGGCGAGACAGAGCUGGUCAGUAGUGUGGUGGCCCGCCUCCUGGCUCUGUAUAACCAGGGUCGCAUCAAACCCCACAUUGACUCCGUUUGGCCCUUUGAGAAGGUGGCCGAUGCCAUGAAGCAGAUGCAGGAGAAGAAGAACGUGGGCAAGGUCCUCCUGGUUCCUGGGCCCGAGAAAGAGAACUAGGGCAAGGGGUUGUGGACCUCUGAGACCCGGGAAAGGAGAGGUUUGGAAGCCCAUUCUGUUGACCACCAGGCUCUUGCAUUUCAUCUUCUAUCGUAAGGCUCUGUCCUCCCUCCCCCGAAGGUCUCUAUACUAAUGGCCACUCCUCCGCCUUGUUCGUUCUCUUUAGUCAGGACCGUCUCCUCCCUGCUUCCCACCCUCGGAAGAGGUUGGGAAGUGACCACUUGGAUGUCUGGGACCUGCCAAGGGGACAGGGAGGGCCAGAGGGAGGCGGCUGCUUCCUGCCCCCACCCUUUCCCUGGGCCUGCUGUGCUGCUUUUGUGCCAAGGUUAGCCAAUCCCUCCCUAUCCUGUUCUGUGUGCUUCCGCUCUGCCUCAUCUUCCCUCCCGCCCCUGCCCCACCACCUCCCCAAAGAACUGAAAUGUCAGCUCAGGAUACGGGGCCAAUCUGUGUGAGUCCAGCAUGUACCUGUCUCUCCCUAGUGUCCCUUCAGCCUGGGUCCACCAGCGCCCACCCCCCAAUCCUGUCCACUGUCCCCAACUUCUUAAGCACAAUUGGGCUUCUUCCACCACCAGGUUUUCUGCCAUUCUUAACCAAGGCUGUUUCUUACAACAAGGGCGGGGAACGUGACUCCAGGAGGGAUAUAGAGCCCCCUACCCUUCACUGAGUUCUGUGGAUUUGUUCUCAGUGCCUUAGCAACGGAACACCUGUGCUCGAGUGUGUGGCAGGGGUGGGGACAGUCCUUGUCUCCUGCCUCUUUCCCCACCCCGUACUCCCCAGUGCCUUCCUCAUUCUGGUGGAGCUGGGGGUUUACACUUCCCCAGUCCUACAACACUGCCAAAAAUCUGUGUGUGUGCCAGUGGGUGAAGGGCCAGCCCCUCGCCUUUUAGGGGAAAGCCAGUCAGUCUCAUCGUGGUCUGUGCCAUGUCCUGUCUGUAUCGGUGGUUGAGGGGAGAGCGGCAGGGAAGCCAUCUCGGCCUUGCAGAUAAGUGUGGCAUUUAUCAGCCAGAGCUCUGGAGGCAAUGCUGUUGGUUUCUUGUUCUGGGACCAAAGUAAAAAUCAAAGCACAUUCCCCUUGCUGUCAAGGGAGGCCCCUCUGCUUCCUGAGAGCAGGGAGGCAGCUUUUCAAACUCAGCCCCAAACUUUGUUUACAUGGGUGGGGAGAUAGAGCCGGGGAGUAAGUGGUGGGGGGUAACUAGGACCUGGGCCACUGGAACCAAAGUGGGGACAUUGGGGAUAGGGGUCUAAUUCCUUCUGCUCGCAGAGCUGGGAUUAGGAAAGGUUGUUGCCCCAGCCAUUGCCAUGGGAGGUGACGGGGAGGGGCUUAGCCUCUUCACUGUGUAAAGGAGGCAUAAACGUGUGAAGUGCGAUUUCUGCUUUUGUGUACCCCACCCCAUUACCACAGCUGCCUUUGUGUUUGUGUCAAUAAAAAGCCAAACCCUG